CACGGCAACCUGCCCAAAGUUUUGGCGGGCUUGGGAUGGAUGCUGCUGUGUUGCCCAAUUGGAUUUUCAGGCCUGCAAAGCCGCGUAACAUCUACGAGAGUCUUGGUCCCAGCUGCGACGCGCAGCGACGCUGUCACGGCUGGAAAGCCUCAGUGGUGGGUUUCCCCUAUGGAAAUGAGUGUUGCUUGCCUCACCGAUGUCUUGACAAGGGCGGGAGCUGACGUGACCUUGGCAAGUGUUGAAAAGACGCUGGAACUUCGCUUGAAUCAUGGCAUCACAGUUGUGGCUGAUGUUUUCUUCGACAGCUGUGCCCAAACUGAGUGGGCUGCCAUAGCUAGCCCUGGUGGGGAGGGCUCCGAGAGAUUGGCGGAUUGCACUGCGCUGAUUGAGCUGCUGCGGCUCCAGCGUCAAAAGUUGCGGCCCAUGGUGGCCGUUGGGGAAAGCCCAGCAGAGCUGCUGGCCGCACAUCAGUUGUUGGAGUUCGAUGAAAAGGCCACCAGCUAUCCCAGUGCCAGGUUGAAGAAGGUCAUUGGCGCAGCUUGCGCUGGAUGGUGGGACGCCAACGUUGUGGUUGACCGGAAAGUUGUCACCAGCCAGGGUCCAGGGACUGCCAUGGCUUGCGCUUUGAAGCUGGUGGAGUUGCUCUUUGGAGCGCAGAAGGCGAGUGCGCUUUCCUCUGAGCUGCUCUGCCCAUGUACAUAUUGACAAGAGCUAUGUUCUGCAGCAUGGCAGCAUUGAUUGAAAA